AUGGAUCCAAUGGAUCUGAUGGAUCCAAGGGAUCCCAAGGAACCGAUGGAUCCAAUGGAUCCGAUGGAUCCCAUGGAUGUGAUGGAUCCAAUGGAUCCAAUGGAUCCGAUGGAUCCAAUGGAUCCAAUGGAUCCCAUGGAACCAAUGGAACCGAUGGAUCCGAUGGAUCCGAUGGAUCCGAUGGAUCCAAUGGAUCUGAUGGAUCCGACGGAUCCAAUGGAUCCGACGGAUCCCAUGGAUCCGAUGGAUCCGAUGGAUCCGACGGAUCCAAUGGAUCUGAUGGAUCCAAGGGAUCCCAAGGAACCGAUGGAUCCAAUGGAUCCGAUGGAUCCCAUGGAUGUGAUGGAUCCAAUGGAUCCAAUGGAUCCGAUGGAUCCAAUGGAUCCAAUGGAUCCCAUGGAACCAAUGGAACCGAUGGAUCCGAUGGAUCCGAUGGAUCCGAUGGAUCCAAUGGAUCUGAUGGAUCCGACGGAUCCAAUGGAUCCGACGGAUCCCAUGGAUCCGAUGGAUCCGAUGGAUCCGACGGAUCCAAUGGAUCUGAUGGAUCCAAGGGAUCCCAAGGAACCGAUGGAUCCAAUGGAUCCGAUGGAUCCCAUGGAUGUGAUGGAUCCAAUGGAUCCAAUGGAUCCGAUGGAUCCAAUGGAUCCAAUGGAUCCCAUGGAACCAAUGGAACCGAUGGAUCCGAUGGAUCCGAUGGAUCCGAUGGAUCCAAUGGAUCUGAUGGAUCCGACGGAUCCAAUGGAUCCGACGGAUCCCAUGGAUCCGAUGGAUCCGAUGGAUCCGACGGAUCCAAUGGAUCUGAUGGAUCCAAGGGAUCCCAAGGAACCGAUGGAUCCAAUGGAUCCGAUGGAUCCCAUGGAUGUGAUGGAUCCAAUGGAUCCAAUGGAUCCGAUGGAUCCAAUGGAUCCAAUGGAUCCCAUGGAACCAAUGGAACCGAUGGAUCCGAUGGAUCCGAUGGAUCCGAUGGAUCCAAUGGAUCUGAUGGAUCCGACGGAUCCAAUGGAUCCGACGGAUCCCAUGGAUCCGAUGGAUCCGAUGGAUCCGACGGAUCCAAUGGAUCUGAUGGAUCCAAGGGAUCCCAAGGAACCGAUGGAUCCAAUGGAUCCGAUGGAUCCCAUGGAUGUGAUGGAUCCAAUGGAUCCAAUGGAUCCGAUGGAUCCAAUGGAUCCAAUGGAUCCCAUGGAACCAAUGGAACCGAUGGAUCCGAUGGAUCUGAUGGAUCCGAUGGAUCCAAUGGAUCCGAUGGAUCCAAUGGAUCUGAUGGAUCCGACGGAUCCAAUGGAUCCGACGGAUCCCAUGGAUCCGAUGGAUCCGAUGGAUCUGAUGGAUCCGAUGGAUGUGAUGGAUCCAAUGGAUCCGAUGGAUCCAAGGGAUCCCAUGGAACCGAUGGAUCCGAUGGAUCCCAUGGAUGUGAUGGAUCCAAUGGAUCCGAUGGAUCCAAUGGAUCCCAUGGAUCCCAUGGAUCCGACGGAUCCAAGGGAUCCCAUGGAACCGAUGGAUCCGACGGAUCCGAUGGAUGUGAUGGAUCCGAUGGAUCCCAUGGAUGUGAUGGAUCCAAUGGAUCCGAUGGAUCUGAUGGAUCCAUCACAUCCAUGGGAUCCGAUGGAUCCAAUGGAUCCGAUGGAUCCAAUGGAUCCGACGGAUCCAAUGGAUCCGAUGGAUCCAAGGGAUCCCAUGGAACCGAUGGAUCCAAUGGAUCCGAUGGAUCCCAUGGAUGUGAUGGAUCCAAUGGAUCCGAUGGAUCCAAUGGAUCCAAUGGAUCCCAUGGAACCGAUGGAUCCAAUGGAUCCGAUAGAUCUGAUGGAUCCGACGGAUCCAAUGGAUCCAAUGGAUCUGAUGGAUCCGACGGAUCCGAUGGAUCCAAUGGAUCUGAUGGAUCCGACGGAUCCGAUGGAUCCGACGGAUCCCAUGGAUCCGAUGGAUCCAAUGGAUCCGAUGGAUCUGAUGGAUCCAAUGGAUACGAUGGAUCCCAUGGAUGUGAUGGAUCCAAUGGAUCCAAUGGAUCCCAUGGAUCCGACGGAUCCGAUGGAUCCAAGGGAUCCCAUGGAACCGAUGGAUCCAAUGGAUCCGAUGGAUGUGAUGGAUCCCAUGGAACCGAUGGAUCCAAUGGAUCCGACGGAUCCGAUGGAUCCCAUGGAUGUGAUGGAUCCGAUGGAUCCAAUGGAUCCCAUGGAUCCAAUGGAUCCCAUGGAUCCCAUGGAUCCGAUGGAUCCCAUGGAUCCGACGGAUCCAAUUGGAUCCAUCGGAUCCAUUUUUUUUUUAUAUAACUAA